CUAAUCGGCAGCAAGGAGGAGCUUGGUCGAAGACUUUAUGCAAUUGUUGUAUGCUCGGACGUCGAUCUCAAGGUCGAAAUUUAAUUGACUACGAUCCGGAAAUUGAGAAGACUCUUGCACAAUUGAGAAGGGAAGCAAAAGCGAGAGGAACUAUAGCGAAUUUAGAGAAUCCAGAGAUUGAGCAUGGUGAGAAUGCUCUUGCUAGAGUUGCAGCUGCUCCUGCUAUUGACCCAGUUAGAAGGCCAAUGAAGAACUCCUUUGUGCCGCAGAAUUUGGAACAACCGUCCAGUAUUGCAUUUCAACCAAACUUUCAGGGCAAUGUCACAUUCCCUCCCAAUUUGCUGAAUGCAGUACCUCACUUUAGAGGCACAUCAUCUGAUGAUCCAUAUCUACACAUUAGAGAAUUCUUUGAGCUCUGCAAGACUCAGCAUGUUCAGGGGUUAACUCCAGAAGAAGUUCGGCUUCUACUAUUUCCAUUUUCGCUCAAGGACAAUGCCAAGCUGUGGUUCAAUUCUUUAGCCCCGGGAUCAAUCACUACAUGGGAACAGAUGGCCACAAAAUUUCUGAAAAAGUUUUUCCCAGAACAGAAAACGAAGAAAUUGAGAAGAGAAAUUCAAACUUGGCAACAAAAAGAUGGUGAUUUGUUCUAUGAAGCCUGGGAUGAUUUUAAGCAAUUGCUUCUCAAGUGCCCGCACCAUAAUUUAUCCCAAGAUGAUCAAGUUCAGGCUUUUUAUGAAGGAUUGGAUGCAAACAACACAAACAUUGUAGAUUCAGCCUGUGGAGGUGUACUUAUGGAAAAGAGUAGUGAAGAAGCUUUCGACUUAUUCGAGAUUCUCAGUGAAAAUUCUCAACAAUUUUCAUCUAGAGGGAAACAAGGACUGAAACUUCCAAGAGGCGUUUAUGAAGUCCACACUAACGCAGAAAAGCAGCCUCAGUUGCUGGCCAUGGAGAAAAAGAUUGAUAUGUUGGUGAAAGCAUUCUCAACUCAGAACAUUGGACCCAUCCAACAAACAAUCCCGGUUGAGGUAUGUGCAAUUUGUUCUCAGACUAGUCAUACUACAGAAAUGUGCCCCAUGUCUUCUUUUUCAGAGCAGGAACAUGUUAACUAUGCGGGGCAAGGUGGUUUCCAUCCCAAUAAUAAUCCAUUCUCGAAUACUUAUAAUCCGGGAUGGAGAAAUCACCUGAAUUUCAGUUGGGGAGGACAGAAUCAGAAUCAGAAUCAGAACAAGCAAUAUAAUCAGAAUGCGCAACAAGUCCCAACUGAAUCUAAGAAACCAUCAUUGGAGGAGCAAAUGGCUCUCUUGGCUCUUAACACAAACAACUUCAUGCAGAAGGUGACAAAGCAGAAUAUCAAAUAUGACCAACAGUUUAGCAACACACAAGCUUCCAUCCAGAAACUUGAAGUCCAAGUUGGUCAAAUUGCCAAGCAAUUAAGUGAAAGAGAGCCAGGAAGACUUCCAAGUCAAGCUGAAAUUAAUCCCAAAGACAAAGAACAACUCAAUGCCAUUACCACCCGCAGUGGUAUAACUGUGGGAUACAUAGAGAAGGAUGAAGAAAAAGAUGAAAAGGAGCAAGAAACUGGGAGACAACAAGAACUUAAGGAGGAAAAUCAGACCAAGGCAGCCAUCCCACUGAAGGUUGAGAAAUCUGAACCUCAUGUGUCCUUUCCUAGUCGAUUGGUAAAUGAAAAGAAGACUGAGCAAAUGCGAAAGGUCAUGGAUAUUUUUAGAAAAGUUGAGAUCAACAUUCCCCUGUUAGAUGCAAUUCAGCAAAUUCCCUCGUAUGCUAAAUUUUUGAAGGAUGUUUGCACUAGCAAGAGGAAGUUGGCACCGUACGAGAAGGUGAUGUUGUCAGAACAAUGCAGUGCUGUGUUGAACAAGAAACUACCUCCAAAGCUAAAGGAUCCAGGGAGUUUCUCUAUCCCCUGUAUUGUUGGUCAAUUAUCUUUUGAAAAAGCUUUUCUAGACUUAGGUGCUAGCAUAAAUCUAAUGCCAUAUUCAGUUUUUAUGCAGCUAGGUCUUGAAAAGGAGUUACAACCGACUUCAAUCACUCUUCAAUUGGCAGAUCGGUCCAUAAAAUUCCCAAGAGGCAUUAUAGAGGAUGUUCUUGUCCAAGUUGAUAAGUUCCUACUUGUCGCAACCGGGGAGAAUCUGACAGCGAUGGGGGUGGAGAGCUGA